AUGAGUUGGUUGUCAAUCCCCAAGUCCUCGCACUUUUCCCUCCGCAACAUCCCCUUCGGAAUCAUAUCAACCGCCACUUCCUCGCAGCAGCGACCCGCCAUUGCAAUUGGAGAAUAUGCAAUUGACCUGGACGCCUUCGCCAAGGGAGGCGGUUUCAAGCCCCUCGAAGCCGUCUCCGAACACCUGUCAGUGUUCUCAUCUCCCUCGUUGAACGCCUUCGCUGCCCUGGGCCAAGGUGUCCACCGCACCGUGCGCAACUAUCUCCAGCAAGUGCUGGCCGAUCAAACACCCUACCCCAACAUCCUCAAGGAAAACCAGUCCCUCCAGACAUCUGCCCUCGUCCCUCUGAAAGAGGUCACUCUCCACCUCCCCCUGGAGGUAGGCGACUACACGGACUUCUUCGCAGGCAUUAACCACGCCUUCAAAGUCGGCUCGCUCUUCCGCGGUCCCGCAAAUGCACUGCAGCCAAAUUACAAACAUGUCCCGGUGGCCUACCACAGCCGCGCAUCGUCUGUUGUGGUCUCUGGCACACCGGUUCGCCGACCGUGGGGCCAGAUCCUCACCGAUCCCAAGGCGGAGCCUAAAAUCCCCGAAUUCAUCCCAUGUCGUCGUCUGGAUAUUGAGCUCGAGCUUGGCGCGUUCAUCUGUCGCCCGAGUGAGUUCGGCUCGCAGAUCAAGAUCGAGGAUGCCAAGGAGCAUAUCUUCGGAUACGUUCUUAUGAAUGACUGGUCCGCUCGCGAUAUCCAGACGUGGGAGUAUGUCCCGCUUGGUCCGUUUAAUGCCAAGAACUUUGCCACUACUAUUAGCGGUUGGGUCGUUCUUGCUGAUGCACUUGAGCCUUUCCGUGUGCCUGGUAUUGAGAACUCGGCGGAGAUUCUGCCUUAUCUGCGUGAGAUCGAGAAGGAUUCUCAGUAUGAUAUUCGGCUUCAGGUGGAUCUUGAGACUAAACAAGGAAAUAACACUACAAUCACCAAUACCAAGGGAAAUAACCUGAUAUGGUCUUUCCCUCAGAUGCUGGCCCAUCAUUCUGUCAGUGGCUGCCCUAUGCGCACCGGAGAUUUACUUGGCUCUGGAACAAUUAGUGGCGAAGGUGACAACGAGAAGGGCAGUUUGCUGGAGCAGAAUAGCGGUGGUCAGCAGACUAUCAAGCUCAAUGGAUCUGAAGAGCGGAAGUUCCUUCAGGAUGAAGAUACCAUUCGGAUUUAUGGAGUCUGUGGUGAUGAGGAGCAGGGAUUGGUUGGAUUUGGAGUUUGCGAAGGACAGAUUCUUCCGGCUCUUUCGCUAUAA